AUGGGAGUGGCAGCAGAAGAAAGCUCUGGUGAGAAUGAGCAUUCGGCAGCUCUAAACGCCAGCUGCCGAAUCUGCAGGGGAGAAAAUACAUCAGAUAGUCCACUAUUUCAUCCAUGCAAAUGCCGAGGUUCUAUCAAGUACAUUCACGAAAGCUGCCUGUUAGAAUGGGUGGCGUCCAAAAACGUUGACCUGGCACGACCAGGCGCUAACAUCAAGUGCGAUAUCUGUCAUUAUUCUAUUCAGUUCAAGACGUUGUACGACGAGAACAUGCCGGACCGUAUUCCCGUGGGGCUGGUCAUACGCACUACGCUUGGGUCCGUUUUCAAAGAGGCGCAAGCUGUAAUACGCAUUGUGAUGGCCACCACUUUGCUCGUUGUGGGCAUCCCUCUGGCAUGGAAUACUUUGGGGAAAUUGAUCGCCAUGCUGUUGUUUGGCGGAAGUCUUCCCAUUCAAGGCGACUUUUGGAAGAGCUUGCUUUACGGAUUUGAGGCAACAGUGCCAGAAAACCCAUCCAAGUUAAACAUUGCUCUUCAACUUUUGAAGAACUACAGAUUCUCCCUAACACAAAUUGUUUUUCUCACAGUAAUACACAUCGCCCUCUAUUUUCAAUACGACAUGGUUGUGCGGGAACCCAUAUUCCGCGAGAUGGUGUACCACAACAUCGGUCCCCGCUUCAAUGGUGAAGAGCUGGCAACAUCCCUCCAUAACGCCAUGCAGUUCAUUCGGGCGAAUGAAGAACGACUGCGCGCUCAGCGGGCAGUUCCUUUGCAGGAAGACCUGCUUCGUGGUCAAGACCUCGGAUUUGGAAACGAAGGUAUCCAGGCGGGAAAUGACGAGCACAAUGACGAUAGGCACAAUUCCACCCAUAGGAAUCGCGGAAGCGAAGAUGGCAUUUUUUACAACGGGGAGGAUGACGAAGAUGAUGACGAUUACGAACCCAACGAGGCAGUGGCUUCUGAAGAGUCAAUUGCUUCCUCAAGUUCUAGCGAUCACGAAAUUGAUGACGAGGAGCGCCAGCAGCUGGACGAGAACAACGGCGUUUUCAACUUCACCAUGAAUCAUGGCAGAGAUAACGAUCUUGAAUUUAUGGUGCAAAACGCUCAACAAAACGCCGAGAGGGAGCAGCAUGAAGAACCAGCUGUGGGUCCAGGUCGCAAUGAUGGUGCAGCUGAUCCUGAGGAGGCCUGGAACCAAGAACGUCCAGCAAUCUUCGGCGUACAAUUAAGAUUCAGAAACCUGCCUUUCUACUUUCUUGCUGCGACAGCGUUCUUGGCGAUAUAUCUUUACUUGACCUACGCUAUUCCUACAUUCUUGGGCAAUCUGCUCUUGACCAUUUACAGCAAAGUAUUUGUUUGGGCUUUCCGGGGGUUCAUAAAGCUUGUUGAGAUUUCAAGAACACCAACACUCUACAAAGAGUUGUCGAGGCGCUUCCCCCGUAUUUCUUCCCUCAAUUUGUGGCUUAACACUAAGGCAAUGCAGAUCUUUUCAUUCAUAUCCUACGUGUACACCAACUACGUUGACUACAACAAUAAGACCUCAACCGUCGCGCAAUCUAUACCUGCCUUGGCCACGUACAGCACGCUUCUUGGAAUUUUAUGUGCAAGUACGGGGAUCAUGAGUAGAGGCUAUGGGCCAAAGAACGGUAUGAAGAACUCUAAUCUCCGAUUUGUAUUCCACCUUUUCUUCGCAAUAAGAUGUUCGCUUAAAGUUUUUCUAUUGUUCGGCAUUGAACUUGUUGGUUUUCCUGUCCUAGCUGGUUUGAUGAUUGACUUUUCACUGAUUAGCCCAUGCCUGACUUCGCAUAACAAAUUCCUGCUUAUUGGAGGGCUCGACAUAUGGUCUCCAGCAAAGUGGGUCCUUUAUUGGGUUAUUGGGACAUUCUACAUGUGUUGGUUCGCGAAGUAUGUCGCUAUGAUCAGAAAAUACAUUAUUAGACCGGGCGUGCUAUUUUUCAUCCGGUCUUCUGAUGAUCCAAAUAUCAGAAUUUUGCACGAUAGCCUAAUUCAUCCUAUGAGAGUCCAAAUUUCUAGGCUGCUUCUGUCAAUAAUGCUUUACGCCUUAUUCAUUGUUAUCGGAUUCGGCUUCCAUACUAGAAUCUUGUUCCCUUUGAUUCUCAAGUCCAAGUUGUUGCCCUUUGAAACUGCUCAAGAUGAACUGUUUUUUUACGGGAUUGCUGCGAUUCUCCACCAGCCAAUGCGUAUAACCGAAGCGAAUAAAAGCUUCAACUUGUAUGUUCGGCAGUAUUGGACGAAAGCUUUUGACCUUUCCUGCAAGAAGCUUCGUUUGUCUUCUUUUAUUUUGAAUAAAGACAUAUCAACGGAGAGAGGGUACAUUGUAUACCGUAAUCUUUUCUACAGGUUUUUUUUCUCUGAGAAAGCCAAAUGGUCAAACCCAGACCUUUAUGUUGACCCUAAAACCCCGGCUCAGGCUGAUGAACUCUUCAAAGCUAAUCUAGAGAUACAUGCCUAUUUUGUGCCCGACGGAACCCUAAUGCGUGUACCAGCAAACGAUCUUAUUUCACGGAAUUACGUGCAAACGCUCUUUGUGCCGGUCACAAAGGAGAACAAACUUUUGAAGCCUCUCGAUGUUGAGUCAAUCAAAGAGAGGAACAAAGAAAACGCAGGAGAUUAUAGCUAUCUUGACGACCAAAGCACAGAAUUUGAUGCAUACACGGUCGUGUAUACGCCCCCUAACUUUAGGUCAAGGUUUUCAACUCUAUUACUGCUAAUUUGGGUUUUUGCCUCAGUUUUAUGCAUGACUCUGGCACUAUUUUUUAACUUCGUUGGAAGACUAAUGCUGGUGGCUGUAUUAUCACCCUUUUCAGGUAAUGAGAAAGCUCGCGGGUAUCUAUUGGCGUACCGGAAGUUCUCAUCCGUAAGCUUAUGGCCCAUUGCUAUAGGUGCAUGGAUUACAAUGCGCGGAACAGAACUAUUUCACAAGUUUAAGAUGACCAGGGUCGUGCACGAUGAAUAUGCUGUGCACCCCGAGGCCGGCGAUGGAGCCGAGAAUGACGGCGGCGUUAGAGAACCAGAAAAUCUCGAGCCUGCUGCAGACUUUGAAGAAAACGAGGAAGGUGCCAAUGCGCCCUUGCCCCAAGAUAGACUGCAGUGGCAAGGACGACUACUAUUCAUUUUGUUGGGUAAAAUGCAAGCCAUAAAGUACUGUAUUGUACUAUACUACAAUUUCGCAUUCGUUUCGCUCUUCGUUGAAAUUUUUAUCUUAAGAAUUGAAAAGCCCUGGAAAAUUGACACUUUCUUCACACCAAAUUCUUGGGCAGAAUUUGGCACUGUAGUGAGCGAAAGACUUGUGACUUUUGGUCUUUUUUUUACUUGGUUUGUGUUGGCCUCGAUCAUUGACGCAAGGAAGUCAAUUCAGCGUAUGCUACAGCUAGGGCAAGAUGAAAGGCUAAAAUCUUUGAAAAUUCUCGUUAUCGAUUUGGUCAAGGAAUGUGUCCUGACGGCAGGCCUCAGCUUUGCAUUGCAAAUGGCUUUAUGCACAUAUGAGUAUCUGUUAAAGGGUCCCCCUUCCUAUGAAUCAGUCUUGUCGGCGUAUUCUUUCCUGAGAACAGUCCGCCCUUCGCUGUCAUCAUCAGAAGUUCCUUGGACUAUCCCUCACAAACUUUUCUUUGUCAUUCCUCCCGUGUUGAGCGGCACUUUCUAUCUACCCAAGAUCUUCAAGUCAGUUUCUGAUUUCAUUAAGAAAUCCGUUGUUAACACAAGGGAGCAGGUCUACGGCAGGGGCAAGACCCUGACAAACCUGCCUGAAGGAUUGUGA